UGAAUGAAGUCCUUGAGACUAUUGAACUUGAUGGAAUCAAGGAUUCCUUGGUUGGGAUACAAGGUCUUAAUGGUCUGUCAACUGAGCAGCGUAAGCGGCUUACGAUAGCUGUUGAACUUGUCGCCAACCCCUCCAUAAUUUUCAUGGACGAACCUACAACUGGUUUGGAUGCAAGAGCAGCUGCAAUUGUGAUGCGAGCAGUGAAGAAUGUAGCUGAAACAGGAAGAACAAUUGUUUGCACUAUCCACCAACCAAGUAUUGACAUAUUUGAAGCAUUUGAUGAGUUGAUCCUUCUGAAAACUGGUGGGCACAUAAUCUACUCAGGAUCAUUGGGACAACAUUCAAAUAAGGUUAUUGAAUAUUUUGAGAGCAUCACUGGUGUGCCCAAGAUUAAAAAUAAUUACAAUCCAGCAACUUGGAUGUUGGAGGUCACUUCAGCUUCUUCAGAAGCAAAACUUGGCCAAGAUUUUGCACAGAUAUACCUAGAUUCUUCUUUAUACAAGUAAGUACAAUUUGUUGCAUAGAAAUUUUUCUCAUGCUUGUUUGGCGUACGUAUUUUUUUAUGAUCUUCAUCACCUACUUGUGUACAUCUUGUGAAAACCCAGACGGAAAGAGUCAUCAAAACUAGAUUUUAAUUAAUAAGCAUGCAUGUUAAUGUAGCAUAGGAGCAUCAGGAAUCUAGAAAUCCCCUUGUAGUUGAGACUUUUGGGCUUUAAAUGCAUAUGUGGCCCAUUUGAUUCAAUUCUCAUUCUGUUCCUGAUUUAUUCCUGGAGAGUGGAUCAUGUUUAUUAUCAAGAGAGAAUCUUAACUUUCGUUU